GUUCGAAACUAUAAGAGGCUUACCCCCAUUUCCGUGCUGGAUCAUGCAUUAGAAUCAUUAGACAACCUUCGGCCUGGGGACUGCAUUGUCUGUUUUAGCAAGAAUGAUAUUUAUUCUGUGAGUCGACAGAUUGAAAUUCGGGGAUUGGAAUCAGCUGUUAUAUAUGGCAGUCUCCCACCUGGGACCAAACUUGCUCAAGCAAAAAAGUUUAAUGAUCCUGAUGAUCCAUGCAAAAUCCUGGUUGCUACAGAUGCAAUUGGCAUGGGACUUAAUUUGAGCAUAAGAAGAAUUAUUUUUUACUCCCUUAUAAAGCCCACUGUCAAUGAAAAGGGAGAGAAAGAAAUAGAACCAAUUACCACCUCUCAGGCUUUGCAGAUUGCUGGCAGAGCUGGUAGGUUCAGUUCAAAAUAUAAAGAAGGAGAAGUGACAACAAUGAAUCGAGAAGACCUCAGUUUAUUAAAGGAAAUUUUGAAUAGGCAUGUGGAGCCUAUAAAGGUACGGUGUAACAUAUUAAUUACUUCUCUGUGGAGGACAGUCAUUCCUUUCUUCACCUAUCUUCUAGACUCUAAUAUAAGCAAAAGAAAGUUUUGUGCCAUGAAAAUCAUGUUAAGGAAGCCCGACUUUACUGCUUUGGGGUGGUAUAGGGACCCCUUCAUCAGAGAAUGGUGUGCAAGUGAAAGAUCCAGAUGGAACAAGUUUAAUGAACCUGAUUUUCCUUUAGUUCUUCCUAUAGCCUAGUGAUGGGUGGGGUGGGGGUAUAGUUGCUUUAGGUGGACACACAGCUAUGUCAGCAGACCGAAAAAUUAUAAGAAGCUUGAAUGUAGAAGAAACCCUUGAGUGUGGGGCAAAAACAGUACUAAGCAAUACAACUUUGAGCCAGUAAGGGCAAGAUUCAGUUUUGUGCAGUUAAUGAGGCAGCAGCAUAUGUAUUUUAAACAAACUGUUACAAUUUAAGUUGCUUGGAAAAUUCACUUACAAAUUAACGUGGCUCUUCGCAUUUUUCAGUGGCUCUGCUGAAGGGGCAUAGAAAUGAGAUGAUGCAAGGAAACAUUC